AUGCAAACACCGACCGCGGAUCAACCGAUCAACCGAAUGAAUAAGCCGGAAGAUCAGCUACCUCCGCCGCGGAUCUACAACCAUUUCGCCAUCUCUGUAGUCGGAGCUCGUUCGUUCUCCGGCAACGCUCUUUCGCCGUUGCCGUCUCUUCCGUCGUUGCCUUCUCUUCCGUCUCUGGUGACAAGUGACAACAGAACCAUUCCGCUUGCAUCUUCAUAUCUACGUUCAUCCAGGUUAUGGCAACACACCAUUCUUGAUCCGAACAUUAUGCCUGUACCUUACAAGUUUGAUAUGAUGGAAGAGGCUCUUAAGCUACCAUACUAA